AUGAAACGCGCUCCCCGCGAUGCCUCAAGCGUUCCUCGCUUCCAUGACGCCCUGCGCACCGGCCAAGUGGACGCCGUGCGUCGCAUGAUCCACCGAGACCCUUCUCUGGCAAAUGUGCGGUCCAGCUCGAGCCCACAUGCGACGUCCCUCAUGAUCUCCGCUACCAGUAGCCACCUGCCUACGAAAAUUAUGUUGGCGCUGGUAAAACUUCUUCUAGCCAAAGGAGCCUCGUUGCGCACAAAGGACGAUCAUCGCUGCAACGCUUUAAUGGCCGUCUGCGUCUCUGGGGGACAUCCGCGCAUUAUUAGCUUCCUAUUAGACUGGGACAGGGUCAAGUCGGCUCAUAGAGUGCUACAAUGGAGUGAUACGGACGACAAAGGUCGAACCGCGCUGGGACUCGCGUGCGUACACGGCCACGGACGACUGGCGUCUUAUAUUUUGGACCUUGCAGGGGUCCAAGAGGUCGGAAGUCCCUUGUACGCGCUCAAAAUGGCGCUACAGAGCGAGGACGAGCGCUGUGUCCUGGAUUUACUUGGCAGUAAAAAGCUGCGGUGGCUGGUGAAGCAGAACAAAAGACACGACAAACUGAUAAUGAAUGGGGAGUGGAAUCAGACUCAGACUCAGACAACUGAGGAAGAGUAUACACUGUCUAAAUGCGUAGCUAAAGCCGUCGAACUCGAGAUGGUGCGCGUAGUGACGGAGCUGCAUCGUCUGAAUCGACGCUGUGUCGGCCAUGCCACGUGGUUCGCGCUGUGCAGUAAGAGCGAGGUGCGUCCUCGAGCUAAAACCGCGCUUGUGCGGAGAGCGAAUUCGGUAAUACCGGUAUUUAAGGAGAUUGCAGACUUGCACCGUCGAGAUUGCGUGUGGGAACGCAUGAGAAUCGUCUUUUUGAUUCGAUCCGCGCCUCCUGUGGAGAGGAAUGGGUCGAUGGAGAUCAAUAUCGUGGCAGAGCUACCCGACGCAGUGUUUCGCAUUGUCGCUGAGUUUUUGAAGCCGACAUUUGACGAUGCGGAAGAAGCCCAGAAAGAGCGAUUCAAGACUGUGCUCGAUCUGUCGUCCUGGUAA